AUGCCUACUGACGGGAGGUCGAGCCGGGGGAGGGCCCGGCCAAGGACCCGGGCAAAGAUCCGAGCCUUGCGGCGGGCGCGCUCCAAGAUGGUCAAUUUGGAAGGGGAGAGAAGUGCGAACCCAGCGACGGGGUCGCACCCUGGGGGUAGCAUGGCGUCCGCGUCACAGUCUAGAGGGCAGGCAUCUGUGCGUGGCGUCCGGGGUGAGAUACUCCGAUCUACAGUAAAGGUGUGGGUCAGCCAGCGCUUCGGACUGUUCCUGCUAGGUUUCUGGUUCCUCCUGCUGCUGUGUUUCUACAUAAGUGCUGGGUUUAUGGAUUCUGUAUCUGCAAGUAACUAUAUUCUGUGGAGCAGUGAAAAUGCUGAUGGACAAUCUCUGAAUGAAUCUUCUGCCUCGGGAUCUCUGAUAAGAUUUUUCUUUCCAACAACAUGUGUUCCAGUGGAGGGUCAGGUGCUAAAGCCUUGCAAGCAGGGGCAAGAUCUUAAGAAGGAUGAAUGUUUGAAAUACAAAUGCUGUUACUCUUCACUCAAGACCACUACGGUUAGCUGUUUUGCCCCGCUGAGAGACAAGCCUACUCAGAUGUUCCGGAUGUUUGGGUUUGGUGUGAUGAGCAUGAUCUUCCUGGGAUGUCUGCCCAUUUAUUGCUGCUCUCUCUGCUGGAGGAGCAAAUGGGCUUUUCUUUUACGAAGAAGAUUCAACAGAACUUUAAAGCGUUUGAAGAAACACAGAAAGAAACCAAAGAGGGAUACUGAAAUGUUGGAGACAGCAGUGGAUGAGGAAGGAUACGGUGAUGAAAAGGACCAGGAGACUACAGUGGGAGCUUGGCGUUAUUUUCCCGUUGAGAAGAACUCGUACCUUUCAAGAGCAGAGGAGGCUGUCCCAGUCAUCUAA